GGCAGCCCUGACGACUUUAGUCUGGGAACCGAUGCCUGAUACGGCCUUAUGACUGCCUGAUGAUCUUCUCGCUCGACGGAGCACUCGCAGCGCUCGCAUUUCUUAAUAGAUUACGUUCCCUGCCUCCAAGUCCUCAGCUGCAGGGAAUGGCAUAAUGACAGGCAGGGCGACACGCAGGCCUACGCGCCAUACACCGGACGGCGUCGGGCGGAAAGGCCCGAGUGCGCCGGCCUUCGUGCGGAGGACACUGUUUCAAGAAUUAAAAGAAUUGGCAUCCACUCAUUGUUCGUCGCAAUGUUCCAGAAAAUUGGAUUGUCUGCUUUUUUGCCCCAACCCUCAGAUCGCGAAUCUGGCCUUCUCCGAUAGCCUGAUCCGCUACAACAAUCAUCUCGUGCGCACGACCACCGCGCUGCUUCCUCCCAUGAACGCAUCCCUGCCUCUUUAAAGGGAUGGAUCAAACGUCGGGGGGGCUUCCCAUCGAAAGCCUCUCCCAACCGUUUACUAUCAUGGCAGACAGCAUCUCCUUUGGCCCGUCCCCAAGCCAGUAUAUACCCCCUUCAUACUUUGCGCAGCCGCACGGUCCUGGACAUAUGCAUGUGGUGGCCCCGCCCACGAGACAAGACACUACAGCUCAGAGGAAACGUCCCAAGUAUACCCGCAGCAAGACAGGUUGCUUGACGUGUCGAGCGAAGAAGAUCAAGUGCGACGAGUCGAAACCCAAUUGCCUGCGCUGCACGCAUGGGCAACGCGAGUGUACGUGGCCCGAGGGGGUCCCGGCGCGCAAGAAGCCUGCGCCUAAACGCGAGUCCACUGUCGACAACGGCCUCGAGACACGGCCUUCGACGGCCGGCUCUUCGGGGGUGUCCGAGUCGUCAACUCCAUCCACUCGUGGCGUGACCCCGCCGCUAAAACGAGAGCCCGCCGAUGUCGGCCUCCCCGUACUUGUUUCACGUCGACACAGUGAGCCUUCGAUCCAGUUGCCGACAAUGAACGACAUGAACGCUAUGAGACGCCAGAGUGGGGCCAUGCCCUCUGGAUCAACGCACAUAUACCCAGUUAACACUGCCUCGCAUACCCAGCUCUUGCCUGCAAUUCCGGAAGUUUCAACGUCGUACUCUGCCUCGCAAUAUCACAACAACUAUCCUAAUCAUUCACAGCAAUACGCGCAUUCAUCGGCAUCUCUCGUCCUCCCUCGUGUUGGCUCCCAACAGAGCCACUUGCAUCACAUGCGGUCUGCCCCUCCGCACAACGCUGCGCAAUGGUCCCCUCUUCUCUCUGAAGUGGAUCCUCUUGGACCCUACUUCACAUCACCCCAGGAGAGAAACUUGAUCCAUCAUUACAUGCAGAACGCGAUGAGCUUCAUUAUGGCCGUCCCGUCGAAUAAGAACCCGGUCGCCAAAGCAAAUCUGGACCUCAUUCUAGGCCGUAACCGCGGAGUUGACACUGCUGUUGAGGCGUUGCGUAUGGCUCUCUUGGGUACGGCCGCUGUGCAUCAAUCCUUCCUUUAUUCGCGGGGUCUCGCCCACGGUGGAGCUGACGAAGCAAUGCAACUCGCCCUCACAUACCGAGCCAAGUCGAACCAACUCCUCUCGAUCGCCUGCCGUACGACGGAGAGUGCCACGGACGACGCGGCUUUGGGUGCAGCCGCAGCCAUCUGCCUUGUAGACAUCUUCUCGAGCGGGCGUGACUGGACAGAACCACUCGACAAAGCGAAGAAGCUCGUCCACUCAAGAGGCGGUCCAGCUGUACUGCUGGCGAGAAGUUCUCACGCACCAUUGUCGAGGCUUCUCCUUGAGAUUGUGGCAUUAUACGAACUCUUUGGUUGUCUGGUCAAGGCGGAAGUGCCGACCCUUUUGGCCCCGAGCGUAAGCAGUUGGUGGCUGGAACAAACGAGCUCCGCGGACACACAAUCACACGUGGAAGAAGGUUUUGGUUUGUCUCGGGAGUUCGUCCCCGAGCUGGCACGCAUCGUCGCCUUCAUCGCCCGUGCUCACAACGUGCACUCGCCUGACGACAAACCCAAGAACAGUACUGACAUGAUCACCGAGGCUCGGGCGUUGUAUCGGUCUCUGGGUGACUGGAGCCCUUCACGGGGCAUCGCGACGCCGAGAGUCGGCGCAGGAGACCGCAUUUAUCAGAACGCCGCACAGAUCAUUCUGCUCCGUGAAAUCCUCGAUGUGCCACCAGAAGACGAUGUAGUGCAACAGCACGCAGAUAUCAUACUUUCUCUGUGUCUCACCUGCGGACAGAGUAAUAUGAGCGUCGACCUCAAUUGGCCCGUCAUCAUUGCAGGGUCGCAGAUGUUUGGCUCCGACCGAACGCGUGUGUUGGCAGUGUUUGAAUCUUUCAGGACACAAUGUUGUUAUGAGAUAGAAACCGCGGAGUACAUUGUAUUGCAGGUUUGGAAACGACUUGAUGACAAGUUGCCCAGGGCGGACUGGAGAAGCGUGAUGGAAGACAACGACCUGAAGCACCUCAUCCUCUAGAACCUUGUUGUGAUCGUUAUUGAUUUGCUGUUGUGUUCAUUGCUAUCAUGUAUCGUACUAAACUACCUAUACUUACGUGUCAACUUCUGAUCACCGUCC